CGCUCACUCAACACUGCACCUAAUCUCAGCCUCUGACCAGCCUAACGCCAUACCAUAGCUGUUCUGCACACAAGAUUCCAAAAGGACCCCAACUGGAAACUCUCUGGUUGGCAUUGAUUUUAGCGAGACAUCAAUCCAAAACACCCUGUUUGGCAGCACAUUCUCUGUGGGUGAAGAAGGCCAAACUGGUCUCCCGCGCCAGACAAACAAACGCAUUCGACUCUACAACAGCCCCUAGCCACUGCGAUAGCAUGUCAACUCGUGCGCUACGGCGUGCACAGAAGGAACUCGAGGAGCGCCAGCGGCUGGAAAACAUGGGUCCUCCUGCAGGCGAAGACGAGGAUGACACGGACGAGCAGGACCAUCCGGUCGCUAGGACGAAGACGAGUCUCUUUGCUGUGCUCCAAGAUGUAGAUGACACCGAUCAGGAUGGGGAAGACGAGACGGAGGGCGGCCAAGAUGAUUCCAGCAUGGCCGUCCGACCAGAAGAGGCUGCGGUGAUCGAUGAGACUCGAGGUCCCAAGUCCAAAAAGAGCAAGAAAAAGAAGAAAAGAAAGUCCAAAACUGAGCCCACUACCCGUGAUGCCCAAACGGCGUCGUCUCUGGCUCAAAAACAAGUGAAGAUGGACGAGAUCGACCGUGCUCUGCUGGCUUUGAAUAUGAGUACCCAAUGCAACACCCCGGAUCGCCAGGAUGCUGAGGAGUAUACCUCGUGUGAGCAGGAGGAGCUGCGGCACCUGUAUUCUGCAUUGGCCAUUAACACACAGCACUUGCAUGCUGCAAAUGAAAUGCGGAAGUUAUUCGGCCGUGCUGCUCAACAGAGUGUGCCUGAGGACCUGCCGCCUGCAGCGAGGCGCAGACAACGUGGCCGCGGUCAUCAGGGUCCCGUCCAAGGAGGUCGCCACCCGUCGCUGGGCCUGCGCAAGAAUAUAUUCAUCCAAGGAAAAGACGAAUGGCCACGCGCCGCCCCUUCUGGCUUAAGCAUGGAGCUCGUUGAAAAGCGGCGCGACGGCACAGUAGAAUAUCGCUUCGUCCACAGCCGGUCCUACCAAGACGUGCAGAGGCAGUUCGAGACUUGCGUGGCUUCUAUGGAUCCUGCGCGUAUGUUGCAGCUGUUGCAUUUUAAUCCGUACCAUAUCUCCACGCUCCUGCAGGUGUCUGAGAUAGCUAAGCAGCAGCGGGACAAUGCCUCUGCGGGAGAUCUUAUUGAACGUGCACUAUUCUCUUUUGGUCGUGCAGUUCACUCCACAUUCUCCAAUAAUCUCUCGCAGGGAAAGGCGCGGCUAGACUUCCGCCGUCCUGAGAAUCGCGAAUUCUGGCUGGCCGGAUGGCGAUAUAUUACCAUACUGGGAAUCCGCGCAACAUGGCGGACUGCCUUCGAAUGGGCCAAACUUUUGUUGAGUUUGGCGCCUGAAGAGGACCCUUAUUGUGUUCGGUUGGUGAUUGAUCAAUUAGCUUUGCGUGGCAGGGAGCCCGAAGCUCUAGUCAACUUGGCAACGUCGGAUCAUUUGCAGAGGGAAUGGAAGAUACCACCCAAUCUUGCCUUUUCUGUUGCCCUUGCCUACGACCGCCUGGGAAGCCCAGAGAAAUCCCGGUCAUCGUUGGCGCUGGCGAUAUCAGAGUAUCCCUGGAUCGCGGCCCGUCUCAUCAAGGAGUUGGAUAUAACACCAAUCCCUAAGUCAGUCUGGGGUAAAGAGCCGAACGACACCUUUCAGGAACUGCUCUGUCAACUGUAUGUGCCCAAGGCAAAAGACCUAUGGAACACACCCGAGGCGACAUCCCUUUUGAUGGAAGUCGUGUCUUCAUUUGAGAGGCCGCUCGAUGCUGGCGAGAACCCAUACUGGCAGGGCAAGUUCAACGAAGACAACCUAGCUCGCCAUGUCAUUCUCUCGGAUGAUAGGACACUGCUGAGUUUUCUCGACCAGCGUGUCAAGUCCAGGUACACGUCGGUGUCCGACCCGCUCCCGCCCUCCGACAGUAUCCUGUCUUACCAAGUGCCCGAUCCGGGAGAAGGAGGAGAGCGGACACGGAGUUCCAAUGUGUCACAGCUCAUGGUCGAAAUGGAGCAGCUUCGAGCCUACUUCGAACGCGUGGACAUGAGCGAAUUCUCCCCUGACUUGACACGAGAAGACAUGUCCCGCUUGUUGUCACAGUCCGGAACUUCGAUCGAGGAGUUCAGUAGAAAUGCACAGCGGUUCCAGAACAUCCAGCACACACUUACCUUUAGAGUAGACGCGGACCUCCAGAAUCUGGGGGUUGCCGAAGACUCAAGUUCUGGAACUGAUCAAUGAGGGGCCAAGUUCGACCUCUGGGGUGGUUUCAACACCCCAUGUUCCGAUCCAUCUAGCUAGACCCAUAGCAGGGUGUACUGCUUCCCCGCAAAAUACAUUCCAGUACAUAUUGA